CGAAAAACAACCCGCGAGUCCUGAUAUCCCAUUGAUCCUCCACACCGGUUUCAAUCCCAUCCGGUCUUUUCGAUUCGAUUCAUCCCAUCCCACCGCCUGGCCCCCAAAGCCAACUUAUCCACACACUCCGCUCCGAAAAGAAUUCCAUAUUAAAUAAACCACCCUCACCACCAACACUAUGGCCGGAGGUGCUGCCAAAUUCCGCCAUCUGAGCCGCAAGUCCUCUCACAGACAGGCCCUCCUCCGCAACCUCGUCACCUCCCUCUUCCAGCAUGAAUCCAUCACAACCACAUGGGCCAAGGCCAAGGAGGCGCAACGACUGGCCGAGAAGCUGAUCACCCUGGGCAAGAAGAACACCGAAGCGAGCCGGAAGCGCGCAUUGUCGACCUUUUAUACCCCCCACGAACUCCUCCCCAAACUCUUCGGUCCCCUUCGUGAACGCUACGCCGAACGUCCCGGUGGCUACACGCGAGUCCUGCGUGUCGAACCCAAGAAGGAUGAUCAAGCCGCCAGUGCAAUCCUGGAGUUGGUAGAUGGACCUAAAGAUAUGCGGUUUGCUUUGACGGCGCGGACAGUUGCUAGACAGCGGUCUCAGGGCUUGGAGACCCUCAAUGAACUCACCACAAUGAAUGUGAAUAAGGUCACGCGGUUCCGGAAGGGGGGAAUCUCUGAUCUCGAGAGGGAGAUUAAGCGCUUAGAGAUUACGGGUCAUGGAAAGGAGGAGGCGGGGAAGGCCAAGCCUGCGAAACAAUAGAGUGAGGGUGUAAGUGAUCGAUGGUGGUGGUGGUGGCCUAGGUGGCCUUUAUACUGUGUACCUUUACUAUUUCUUUACCUUCACUGCUGUGUGCUUGGGCCUUGUGUUUUGGCUAGUCAUGAUUGUGUAAUUUUAGCUGUUUUGUUUCAGUGGUGUUGUGUAUGUAGAUUGGACCCGUUCAUCCCCUUCGUCGAGAUUAUCUCCAGGUAGUGAC